GAAGAUAUUUGUGAUUAAGAACUGGAAUACGCCCUCUGAGAUAGGGUCCUUUCCAUGACUGUUUUUCUGGUGCAGUCUUUAUCCUCAGGAUGCAAGGAUACCUCCUCUUCCUUUGGAAAGUGCCGAGUCACAGGCAAAGCUCUAAGCUUUUCAGUUGCUUUGGGGUGCAGUACCAUUGCAGACAUGCUGAGGAGCGCCUUGCUGUGCGCCGUGCUCGGGCUCCUGCGCGCCCAGCCCUUCCCCUGCCCACCAGCCUGCAAGUGUGCCUUCCGGGACGUUGCGCAGUGCUCCGGGGGCGACGUGGCGCGCAUCGCCGCGCUCGGCCUGCCCACCAACCUCACGCUCAUCCUGCUCUCCCGAAUGAGCCGCGGCGCCUUGCGGAAUGACAGCUUCAGUGGUAUGACCGUCCUGCAGCGCCUGAUGCUGUCAGACAGCCACAUUUCCGCCAUUGCCCCCGGCACCUUCGAUGACCUGAUAAAACUAAAAACCCUGAGAUUGUCCCGCAACAAGAUCACUCAUCUUCCAGGCGCGCUAUUGGAUAAGAUGGUCCUCCUAGAGCAGUUGUUUUUGGACCGCAAUGAACUAAAGGGCAUUGACCAAAACAUGUUUCAGAAACUGGUUAACCUGCAGGAGCUCUUUUUGAACCAAAAUCAACUCGCUUUCCUUCCUCUUAGCCUCUUCACAACUCUGGGGAACCUGAAAUUGUUGGAUUUAUCGGGAAACAAUUUGACUCACCUGCCCAAGGGAUUGCUUGGGGCACAGGCUAAGCUUGAGAAACUUCUGCUCCACUCGAACCAGCUCGUCUCUCUGGAUUCGGGGUUGUUGAACAGCCUGCGCGCCCUGAUCGAGCUGCAGCUCGACAGAAAUCACAUCCGUUUCAUCGCACCCGGUGCCUUCGACCGGCUCCAAAACCUGAGCUAUUUGACUCUUUCCAGAAACCACCUCGAAUUCCUGCCCUCUGCUCUCUUUCUUCAUUCGCACAAUUUGACUCUAUUGACCCUGUUCGAGAACCCGCUGGAAGAGCUCCCGGAGGUGCUCUUCGGGGAGAUGGCCGGCCUGCAGGAGCUGUGGCUGAACGGCACCCGGCUGCGCACCCUGCCAGCCGCCGCCUUCCGCAACCUGAGCCGCCUGCGGGUGUUGGGGGUGACUCUGAGCCCGCUUCUGAGCGCGCUCCCAGAGGGCGCCUUCCGAGGCCUCGGCGAGCUCCGGGUGCUCGCGCUGCGCUCCAACAGCCUGGCCUCCCUCCCCGACGGCUUGCUGCGCGGCCUCCUGAGGCUGCGCAAAGUGUCGCUGCGCCACAACCGGCUGCGGGCCCUGCCCCGCGCGCUCUUCCGCAACCUCAGCAGCCUGGAGGAGGUCCAGCUCGACCACAACCAGCUGGAGAGCCUGGCUGGCGACGUGUUUGAGGCUCUGCCCCGGCUGACGGAGGUCCUGCUGGGGCACAAUCCUUGGCGCUGCGAUUGUGGCCUCGGGCCAUUCCUGGAGUGGCUGCGGCAGCACCCGGGCCUCGUGAGCCGAGUGGAGCCCCCGCGCUGUCGCGGCCCGGGGCAGCGCGCCGGCCGGCCGCUCUUGGCCCUGGGGGAAGGUGACCUGGGGUGCCCGAGCACCCGGGGCCCGCCUCCCUACUCUCCCGCGGACAGCUCCUCCGCAGCCCCCACCCAGCCGGCCCUGCCCGCGGCCUCCACCCACCCUGCCUGGGUGCCUAGGAGCUCAGAACCCUGGGCACGGGCCCAGCCGCUUGCCCAGGGCGAGCAUCAAGACCAUAGCCUGUUCUGGGCUCUUUAUUUUCUGCUUUUAGUUACUCAGGCCAUAAUAACUGGCAUCAUUGUGUUUGCUAUGAUUAAACUCGGCGGGCUCUUUCGAAAACUAAUCAGAGAUAGAGCUCUUGAGUAUUGA